AUGCGCCUCAUUAAGAGGACUUGGCUCUACGCGACCACCGCCUCAGCCUCCCUGUCCCAAAUCGCCUCCCUACGCUGCAGCUCCAGCGCCAUCCUCCCCACGCCCACAUACGACCUCACAGGCGCGCUCUUCACAGUCUGCACCGAAGAAGUUAUCAACUCACCCAUCAACAAGAUCUACGACGCGCUCCUCGACUUCCGUCGGUACAGCACCUGGAACACCUUUGUCAUCGACGUCGGUCUGCCGCCCGAGGUGACCGGUCCGGGGGACGUGUACCCCGGGUUAUCGAUGAACUUCACCACAGCUGGUAUUAUUCCCGGUGUCAAUACGUCCUCGACGGAGGUCAUCACUUUACUUGCGCCGGAUGUGCGCGGCUGUGACGACGGCGCUACAAGAGCCCUCAACGUGUGGCGAAACGACGAUGGACUUGGUGGCACGUUUCUGCCGGCGGAGCAUCCGAACCUGUUGACGGAUUUGGGGAAUGGGUCGGUCAGGAUGGUGUCGUAUGAGACUUAUUACCUACCCGGGGCGACGACGCUGUUACCGCUGAAGGGUACUCUACAAGAAAGGUUUGAGACGCAGGGGAAAGACUUUAAGAGGUUUGUGGAGGGGAGCCUUCAUUAG